AAGUUGCUGUGCUUCCGGCGCGGAUGUCACCGCGGUGCUAAUGCGACGGGAGGUGGAAGAAAGGGAUUAAACAGAUCGAGUAGUGAUCCUGAUUCAGGAAGGUGGCGCUUGUGUUUUUACUUACGACGAGAAAAACAACAACAAGAGCAACAACAGCACGCAGAUCCCAGUGAUCGGCUAAACGCAGCGGUGUUCCUGUCGGCUCCGGUUAUUUACACAUCUGUCUAGAUCGGAGAUUUAGGGAUGAACUGAAAAUGAAUGUCAACCAGCAACAUCACAUGGCCUCUCCUUAUGGACAGUCGCAGUCUGGUUAUGGGGGUCAGCAGAUGCCCGGGGGUUACACCGCCCCGUAUGGUCCUUACAACGGGCCUGCGUCUAAUUACCAAACAGGCCCACCUCAAGGAUAUUCUCCUUAUGCAAGCUUUCCCUCUAAGGCUCUUGCAGCAAACUUAGUCUCUGACCUGUCCUCUUCCUCUCCUCUUGACUUGGGUAUGAGAGGACCCCCCACCUCCGGUGCUCCCCCAUUGUCUGCACCUCAGCCAUUUUCACAGUUUGGGCAGAGUGACGUACAGAAUGGACCACCAUCUAUGGGUGCCCCUCCACAAAGGCCACCUGUGUCUCAGCCAUACACUCAAGGAGCAAUGAACUUGUCAGGUCCUCAGCCUGCGUACAACCAGCAGUUUGGAACACCACCCACCAGUAUGCAGCAGGUGACCAAUCAGAUGGCAGGCAUGCAGGUUGGGUCCACUGUACCCUCCUCAGCUGGUCCAGGCUAUGGGCUUCCUCCCUCCUCCCAGGCUCCUGUUUCAGCGACUCAAGCGUCUUUUGCCCCCACAGCGAAUGUCUCCACAUGGCCCCAGCCCACCUCGGGUGCACCCCAUGCACAAGCUCAGCCCUACUAUCCUGCUCAACAGCCAUUCCCAUCUACAGCCCCACCUUUAUCCUCUGCACCUGCUCCCACUCAGCACCCUCCUCCACCCCUGGCUUCACAGACCUCUCCUCUUCCGCCGCCUCAGAUUUCUUCCGCCCCACCUACAGGUCCUACUGUAUCAUAUGGAGUUCCAGCUCAACCAGUGCAGGCCACUCACCCUAGGGCACCCCUUCCCACUUCCCAGCCUUCAGCGUUCCCUCGGGGGCCUCCACCCAGCUCUGCCCCAUCUCAGUACCCAUCAGCCAUGCCCCCUGUAUCACAGCCAUCCCCAUUCCACUCAGGCCCUCCUCCACCUACCACUGCUGCUGGAUUUCCACCCCAAGGAGGUGUACCUCCCAGGCCUCCAUAUACAGGCAUGCAGGGCCCUCCUAUGGGUUCUCAGGGCCCUCCUAUGGGUUCUCAGGGCCCUCCUAUGGGUUCUCAGGGCCCUCCUAUGGGUUCUCAGGGCCCUCCUAUGGGUUCUCAGGGCCCUCCUAUGGGUUCUCAGGGCCCUCCUAUGGGUUCUCAGGGCCCUCCUAUGUCCCAAGCGAACCAUGUGACUCCUGCACAGCCGGGGAUGAUGCAUGGGUCCACCACCCCUGGAAUGGCACCACCACAGGCAGGGAUGCAGGGCUAUCCUCCCCAGCAGAACGGUGCAUUUGGACAAGUGAGGGCUCCGCAGCCUGGCUAUGGUGGACCAUAUUCUGGGCAGCAAGGCUAUGGUGCUCCGCCCCCUGCACAAGCCCCUCCUGCUGCAGCAAAGAGGCUUGACCCAGACUCCAUCCCCAGCCCGCAAGCCUCUGACAUACCGCCUGUGCAGAAAACAAGACAUAGAAUAGACCCAGACGCUAUUCCCAGCCCAAUUCAGGUGAUAGAGGAUGACAAGGCAAACAAAAGCAACGAACCUUUUGUCACUGGGGUCAGAGGUCAAGUCCCACCUCUCAUCACUACCGACUUUCAUGUUAAAGAUCAAGGGAACGCGAGUCCACGUUUUAUCCGUUGCACAGCCUAUAACGUUCCGUGUACCUCGGACAUGGCGAAACAGUCCCAGGUGCCACUGGCCGCAGUUAUCAAACCGCUGGCUACUCUCCCGUCAGAUGAGAACCCGCCUUAUAUAGUGGAUCAUGGGGAAAGUGGCCCUAUUCGCUGUAAUCGCUGUAAGGCUUACAUGUGUCCCUACAUGCAGUUCAUCGAGGGCGGAAGACGCUUUCAGUGUAGCUUCUGCAGCUGCGUCACGGAAGUGCCUCCCCAUUAUUUCCAGCAUCUGGACCACACAGGGAAGCGUGUAGACUGCUAUGAGCGGCCUGAGCUUUCGAUGGGCAGCUAUGAGUUUGUAGCUACGGUGGAUUAUUGUAAGAACAACAAGAUUCCUCAGCCUCCAGCAUUCAUCUUCUUAAUUGAUGUGUCGUAUAAUGCUGUGAAAAGUGGCAUGGUAAAGAUCGUAUGCCAGGAGCUUAAGACCCUGUUGGACUAUUUGCCCAGAGAGAACCCUGAUAUGGAGUCCAGUAUACGGGUGGGCUUUGUCACCUACAACAAAGUGCUGCACUUCUAUAAUGUAAAGGCUUCUCUGGCCCAACCUCAGAUGAUGGUGGUCUCAGAUGUGGCAGACAUGUUCGUUCCCUUGUUGGACGGAUUCCUUGUCAAUGUUACCGAGUCCAGGGUCGUCAUUGAGAGUUUGCUGGAUCAGAUCCCCGAGAUGUUUGCUGACACACGAGAGACAGAGACAGUAUUUGGACCUGUCAUCCAAGCUGGACUGGAAGCUCUUAAGGCUGCAGACUGUGCUGGAAAGCUCUUCAUUUUCCAUACAUCUCUACCCAUCGCUGAAGCACCAGGCAAGCUAAAGAACAGGGAAGACAGGAAGCUCGUGGGCACAGACAAAGAAAAGACUUUAUUCCAGCCUCAAGUGAGCUUCUAUGCCAACCUGGCGAAGGAUUGUGUGGCACAGGGAUGUUGUGUAGAUCUCUUCCUGUUCCCUAAUCAGUAUGUAGAUAUAGCAACAUUAGGGGUAGUGCCCACUUCAACAGGAGGAUCCAUCUACAAAUACACCUAUUUCCAGGCCCAGUCUGACCAGGAGCGGUUUCUGAACGAUCUGAGGAAAGAUGUGCAGAAGCAGGUGGGCUUUGAUGCAGUAAUGAGGGUCCGCACAAGCACUGGUAUCCGGGCCACAGACUUUUUUGGUUCCUUCUACAUGAGCAACACCACAGAUGUAGAGCUGGCAUGUCUGGACUGUGACAAAACCGUCACAGUGGAGUUCAAACAUGACGACAAGCUCAGCGAGGAGACUGGCGCACUUGUCCAGUGCGCUGUGCUAUACACCAGCUGUGGUGGUCAGCGGCGACUGCGGAUCCAUAACAUGGCUGUAAACUGCUGUGCACAGCUGGCGGACUUGUAUAGGAACUGUGAAACAGACACCAUCAUCAAUUUCUUCGCUAAGUAUGCAUACCGCAGCAUACUGAAUAGUCCUACCAAGAAUGUGCGAGACAGUCUGGUAAACCAAUGUGCCCAGAUCUUGGCCUGCUAUCGCAAGAAUUGUGCUAGCCCAUCAUCAGCUGGCCAGCUGAUCCUUCCAGAAUGCAUGAAGCUGCUUCCUGUGUAUCUCAACUGUGUACUGAAGAGUGAUGUUCUGCACCCUGGAGCAGACGUCUCCUUAGACGAUCGCGCCUAUCUGAGACAGCUGGUCAGUGCCAUGGAUGUGGCAGAGAGCCAUGUGUUCUUUUACCCACGGCUGCUUCCAGUGCACAAGUUGGAUGUGGAGAGUGACGCUCUGCCCAUGGCAGUCAGGAACUCUGAAGAAAGGCUGUCUAAGGGUGGCAUUUAUUUGCUGGAGACUGGCCUGAACCUUUUCCUCUGGGUGGGGGUCAACACCCAGCAGGAGCUUCUUCAAAACAUAUUUGGCACCCCUGCUUUCAGCCAGAUCGAUCCUAACAUGACGUUUUUGCCGAUCUUGGAUAAUCCAUACUCAAAGAGGCUGAGGGAAAUUAUCGAGACUUUCCGCACACAACGUUCUCGCUACAUGAAGCUGGUGUUGGUGAAACAGGAGGACAAACUUGAGCUCAUCUUUAAGCAUUUUCUUGUGGAGGACAAAAACAACAGUGGCGGAGCUUCUUAUGUGGACUUCUUGUGUCACAUGCACAAGGAGAUUCGCACUCUCUUGAGCUAGGAGAGCUCUUUUUGCCCUUUUUAUUUGACAAGCCAGUUCUGUCCUCCUGUCAUUUCCCCUCCUUUAAUGUAAUGUUCUAUAAAGUGCAGGAGGAAAUAACAGUUUCUCUCUAUGCUCUCACAUUCGGGUGUCUGUCUGAUUUGGUUUGGGGACGGGGGGAAGGUGUGUGUGUGUGUGUGUGUGUGUGUGAGUGAGAGAGUGUGUAUGUGUGUGAGACGGCAUAUGAUAUUGAUAUUUCCCAUCACUUAUCUGAUAUAGUAACAGAUUAUCCAGCGCAGCUGCUGUAAGGAUUACUUAAUUCCAAACAAACACUUAAGUGCAGAAUUAACAAUGUGUUAAUCAAAAUACAGAAUAUUAGGCUUUAAAAGUGUGUGCAUGUAUGUGAACUGUGAGUGAGGGAACACUGGCACUGUAGGUGGUAGUAGACAGCAUUAAUGAUUUGAACCCAAUUUUCUGGAAAACAAAAAGCUCCCAACAAACGGAAAUGAAAAAUUCCUAAUAACUUGUUUCCUUCAUGUAGUUUGGUUGACAGGAAUGUUUUGUUCAGUUAGUCCUUGUGUUUUAUUUUUAGCCAUGGCCUUACUGACCCAUCUCUCAUCCAUUUUUCUCCUGGUCUUUGUGUUGGUUUUGUUUUUAUUCCUCAUUCAUUGUAAUCGUUAUUGGUUUUUUUUUUUUUUAUUAUGCAGAAACCCUUUGAUUAAUAGAUUAUUUGGGAAGCAGAGUGUUUAAGUGUGCUGUUCACUGUCCAUACAUCUAACUUUUUAGCUAUUACACUCACUUUAAAAAUUCUAUGCAUCAGAAUAGCUAUGGAUAGAGGAACAUGUAACCAACAAGCCUAAUAUCUAAGUUAAGAGCAAAGACAAUGCGUGCUGUGUUAACUGGGCAUGUGUGAAGCUGUGUUAUAGUGUGAGCAUUGAGAACAGAUGAGGAAUUCUCCUAUUGUGGAGAGGGCAUGGGGCCUAUCAGAAAGCUCUAUGACCGGGCCGGGUGAUGAAGUUCAGAUUAGCCAGCUGGACAAGAGUUUAUGCAGUCUAGCUUUUUUUUUUUUUUUUUUUUUAAUGAGGAUGAAGACUGUAGUCCAGAUGGCACCCAUCUUCAAAGAAAGCUUCAGUACCAGGGCUUCUAUCUUAGGAACAACUAUGUGUACUGUUUCUGAUGUCUCCAUAUUUUCUGUUUUUUUUUUUUUUUUUCCUUUUUCUUUCACUGUAUGAUCAAGUGCUAACCUUUACCAUGAAUCAUUAUGGAUCAUUUUACAAUCCAAUUUUCAUUUGUACAUGUUUUGACGGUUAGAAUCCUGGAGCAGGCAGAGUCAGUGGUGGAUUUUGGCGCUGGUUUUUUGUCUGCUCUGGUCUUGUUUUUCUGGUGAAAUAACCUUUGUACAGCAAAAAAUUAAAUAAAAAAAAAGUCAUAUGGCAAGAGUAGCGGAAGAGAUUUAGAACUGCCUAUUUCUAACUGUUUUCAAGCAUGUGCAGGAUUGUAACCUGAAAAGCAAUCAACACUGAAUACCUUGUCAUCACAUGUAUUUACAUGUACAGAAUUAAAAAUCACAUUUUAAACAUGA